GAGAAGAAUACAGAAGAAAAUUCACAUUUCAAUUUUCACCAUGAAUUCAUCAUCGAAGUCAAAGAGCAAGAAGAAACAGGCACAAGCGCAAGACGGUACAUCAACGGCAGAAGGCGGCGGCGUCAAGUUCUUGGGAGUAAGACGGCGGCCGUGGGGAAGAUACGCAGCAGAAAUUAGAGACCCUUCAACUAAAGAAAGGCAUUGGCUAGGAACUUUCGACACUGCUGAAGAAGCUGCUUUGGCUUACGACAGAGCUUCCCGUUCCAUGCGUGGCCUUCGAGCUCGCACUAACUUUGUUUACUCUGACAUGCCUGCUGGCUCUUCUGUCACCUCUAUCAUUUCCCCUGAUGAACAACACAAUAAUAACUUCUCUUCUUUUCUCCAUGUCCCUCAACCUGCUGACCACCACAAUCUCCAAGCCAUCUUCAACCAAGAUUCGAACUUUGACUCCCAUUUCUCUUCCGGGUUCCAAACCAUGCCUCACGAUCAUCACACUAACUUGAAUUACAAUUAUCAACAGCCAGUCAUUGACAGCACAGCCAGUUCUCAUGAGCUUCCUCCAUUACCUUGUGAAAUAUCAGAUUUUGGCAUGAAUUCUUGCUAUGAUUUCAACAGCAAUCUGACGGGGUUCUCUGAUGAUCAUCAGAUGACGUUUACAAGCGGGUUUGAUGAUACAAUGGGAAGUGGAAGUGGGUCGUAUUUUGGGUUUGAUUCUAGUGAUCAGUAUGUUCACAGCCCGCUAUUCAGCAGCAUGCCGCCGGUUUCUGAUACGGUUCCAGACGGUUUUCAUUUGGGAUCAUCUUCUUAUUUCUUUUAAAAAUGUUGAUAAAAUGUUUGUAAUGUGUCAUCCUGCUUAAGAUUGAUGUCUUUUUUGGUUUAUGUUUUCAUGGUUUCCUGUGAAA